UACGGAGGAGCAGCAUCGUGCCUGCGGAUGUAGCAGAAACUUUUCCACGGCUUCUCCCGCGGGGAUGCGACCAGGAACCAGCUCCAGAGGGGGAAACAAGUGAAGCGACAGCAGAGCUCCACGGAGGAAGUAGUUUAAAAUGUGGAUGAACUGACAUUUACUCCAUUAUCCGGGCUGGUUAAUCACUCAACUUCAACACCGAGCAAACUUUGUUUUUUGGCUUUAGUGAAAAUGGCCGUUCGUGGCAACUCGCUGAUGCCUUUCUCGAUCCAAGCCAUCCUGAACAAAAAGGACGACAGCCGACACUUGCCAGAUUUGGACAUGUGCUUCUCCAAGACGGCGUGCUGGAAAAUAUUUGGGGAGAUGAACGGCGGCUCGAGGAGGGACGACGGGGAAACUUGUGAGCCGACGGACCAGAAAAGUUACGACUCAGACUCGGGACUCAGCGACGACAACGACAGCAAGACUCCGGCCGCGUGCAAGUCGGAGAAGGACGGGGACGCAGCGUCGGAUGUGCCGGAGGAAAGUAUGCAGGAGGAGACGGACCAGGAGUCUGCAGCUGCGGAAAACGCAAAGAGUGACAGUGAACCCAACAAUGCCACGGACUCCAGCACCCUGGACGAAAAGAGCCUGGAUCAACCCAAACAGCGGAAAAAACGCUCCAGAGCCGCCUUCUCCCAUGCGCAGGUCUUCGAGCUGGAGCGCCGCUUCAACCACCAGAGGUACCUGUCCGGGCCGGAGCGGGCGGACCUGGCGGCCUCCCUGAAGCUCACAGAGACCCAGGUCAAGAUCUGGUUCCAGAACCGUCGGUACAAGACGAAGCGCCGCCAGAUGGCCGCCGACCUGAUGGCGUCGACCCCGGCGGCCAAGAAGGUGGCGGUGAAGGUUCUGGUGCGGGACGACCAGAGACAGUACAGCCCGGGAGAGAUCCUGCGGCCCCCGCUGCUCUCCCUGCAGCCGUCCUACUAUUAUCCCUACGCCUACUGCCUCCCUGCGUGGACACUCUCUGCGUGCGCGGGGAACCAGUGACAGCUCAGUGACUGUAUUUAUUGUUUUAUUUGACUGUUUGAUUUCCUGGGAGCAAAAAAACAAACUAAACUAUUUUUCCUGACAAGAGGAGGAGAAUUCUCUGAUUGAACUGGCUCGUCGUGCUGUCCAGGCCAGACCAGGGCUUCCCCGACAUCUUCCACAUCCUCAAAUACUUUUAAAAGACUCCUUAUUCUUUUUUAGUAAGGAGGAGGAACCCUGUUGAAAAAUAUAUUUUCACGUUUUAGGGUUUUCAGUGUCUCAGCUGUGGGGGAGCAGGGAGACUGGACGUCUUUAUUAAAUGUCAGUAUGUUAACCUCUGAGGAGUGACACAGUAAUAACAGUAAAGUAUUCCUCUCUGUGCCCGGGAGCCCCUCAAGGACCUCUGAA